GGACAGGAUUUGGAUUGUGGCCAGGCGUCGCUGGGCUCAUACACAAAGCGCAGAAGUGUGUGUGUGUGUGACACACAGCAGUGAUUGUGUUGGCUGUUUAUGUUGUUUGUUUACACCAAGACAAUGCGGGUGCUGUGUGUCCUCCUGUUGGGUGUGUGGCUUGUCAGUGGGGAACAUCUAGAGCUCGACCAAGUUGUACUCGUGCCAGAAGAUUGGACCCAUGCAGGUAGAGUGGCUCUUCAGGAGGAAGUGGAGCUCACUUUUGCUCUCAAGCAGCAGAAUGUGGACCAGCUUCAGGAACUGCUGCAGCUCGUGUCAGACCCGGAUUCACAGCAGUAUGGGAAGUAUUUGACCUUGGAGGAAGUGGAGUCGCUGGUCAGGCCAUCUCAGCUGACCGAGAAAACCGUGUGGACGUGGCUGCAGGGUCAUGGGAUUCGAAAUUGUCGCACUGUGCAAACACGAGACUUCUUGCAGUGCACUAUGACUGCUCAGGUGGCAGAAAAUUUGCUUCCUGGAACCGAAUUUCACCGUUACAAAAAAGGAGAUCAGACUAUAAUCAGAUCGUCGUCUCAGUACUCAGUUCAUGAAGAUGUGUUUGAGCACCUGGAUUUUGUGGGUGGUGUGCUGCGCUUUCCAACAAGUGGUAAAGAAAUCAGUAAGGCCUGGGAAGGGCCUAGGCGAUCUGGAAAGGCUUUUCAUUUGGGUGUGACUCCUACAGUCCUAAGAGCUCGAUACAAUCUGACUGCAGCUGAUAUUGGUCACGCUGCUAACAACAGCCAAGCAGUGGCACAGUUCUUGGAGCAGUAUUACCAUCCGGCAGACUUGGCCGAGUUCAUGAGCAUAUAUGCAAGAGGCUUCAAACACUUGACAGAAGUAGAGCGAGUGGUGGGCACACAGGGAGGAGGAAAAGCAGGCCUGGAAGCCAGUUUAGAUAUAGAAUACAUCAUGAGCACUGGAGCCAACAUCUCCACAUGGGUCUUCACCAACCCAGGUCGACAUGAGACCCAAGAGCCAUUCCUUCAGUGGAUGCUGCUGCUUAGCAACAUGUCUGCCGUGCCAUGGGUGCACACAAUCAGCUACGGCGAUGACGAGGACAGUCUGUCCACUGCCUAUAUGAACCGCAUCAACAACGAGUUCAUGAAGGCAGGGCUUAGAGGAAUCUCUAUGUUGUUUGCAUCUGGGGACAGUGGGGCUGGCUGUUGGCACUUGACCAAAGAAAAUGUGUUCAGGCCGAGCUUUCCUGCUUCCAGUCCUUAUGUGACCACAGUGGGUGGGACGUCCUUCAAGAAUCCUUUCAAACUCACCUAUGAAGUCACAGACUUCAUCAGUGGUGGUGGCUUCAGUAACGUAUUUGCAAUGCCAGACUAUCAGGUUGGUGCAGUGAGUGCGUAUUUAAAAGGUGCAAAGUCGCUUCCUCCAGAGUCUUACUUCAACCGCAGUGGAAGAGCCUACCCUGACAUGGCAGCACUGUCAGACAAUUACUGGGUCGUCACCAACCUUGUACCCAUCCCAUGGGUAUCUGGAACCUCGGCCUCAACUCCAGUGGUAGGAGGGAUCCUCUCACUCAUUAAUGAUCAACGCUUCCUGAAAGGCCUUCCCUCUCUUGGCUUCCUCAAUCCACGACUGUAUAAACUCAAAGGCACUGGUCUUUUUGAUGUAACAGAGGGAUGUCACUUGGGUUGUUUGGAUGACAAGGUAGAAGGACAAGGGUUCUGUGCUGCUUCUUCAUGGGAUCCAGUGACUGGAUGGGGAACUCCAAACUACCCUGCUCUACUCGCUGCUCUGAUUGAGAAAUAAAAGCUCAGAAAACCAACGGGCUUAAAAAAUUCAGUUACAUUGAAUGACAUUAAAGAUAAACUUGUUAUAUAAAAAAAACCUAAUG